AUGGAGAAGAGGCUCCGGUCAUCUCUAAACUCCUCCGUCGACGAUUUCCUCUCCGUCCCCAUCAAACUCUCUCUCAAAUCCUGCAAGCUCUCCCUCAACGUGCUAAUCCAUUCCAUCUCUCCCUCUUCUCCGCUCUCUGCCACUCUCCUUCCUUCUCUCCGCCGCAUCAUUUCCGACUCCAUUGCCUCGUUCGAGAGCAUUAGUCAACCCCCACCAUUGUCGUCGCCGCCUCAUUCACCUGACAUUGCCAAAUCGCCUCCCUCCAAACUCCCCCGCCGUUCGUCUCGUAACAGAAUGAAUUCAAAUUCCAAUGGUCCUCUCCCAAUCUGUCAACGUUUUGAUCCCAUGACAGGAACAAUUGCUACGCUGCCGUUUCAACAUCGCCCUUCAUCUCAAGUUGGAGCGCUGACGUUUCAUCAUCCCUUGCUGAAGACGAGUUGCGAAGCUGCCGUUUUUUUCUUACUUGUUUAA